CUUGCCAAGGAGGACCCACCCCCCACCCCCGAAUCUACCGACGCUGACUAUGGCCAUGACCCUGGGUUACUGGGACAUCCGCGGGCUGGCUCAUGCCAUCCGCCUGCUCCUGGAGUAAGACUCAAACUAUGAGAAGACUUACACGAUGGGAGACGCUCCUGACUAUGACAGAAGCCAGUGGCUGAGUGAAAAGUUCAAGCUGGGCCUGGACUUCCCCAAUCUACCGUAUCUAAUUGAUGGGGCUCACAGGCUCACCCAGAGCAAUGCCAUCCUUCGCUACAUUGCUCACAAGCACAACAUGUGUGGGGAGACAGAGGAGGAGAAGAUUCGUGUGGACAUUUUGGAGAACCAGGCUAUGGACACCUCUAAUGACUUGGCCAGAGUCUGCUACAGCUCUGACUUUGAGAAACUGAAGCCUGUGUACUUGAAGGAGAUCCCUGAAAAGAUGAAGCUCUUCUCAGAGUUUCUGGGGAAGAGGACUUGGUUUGCAGGAGACAAGGUAAGGGGCUCAACUAUGGAUUUCUUGGCUUAUGACGUCCUUGACCUGCACCGCAUAUUUGAGCCCAAGUGCCUGGAUGAAUUCCCAAACCUGAAAGACUUCAUGAGCCGCUUUGAGGGCCUGAAGAAGAUCGCUGCCUACAUGAAGUCCAGCUGCUUCCUCCCAGGCCCUUUGUACACAAAGAGUGCGGUGUGGGGCAACAAGUAGUGCCCCGGAAGGCAGGAGCCGGAGUGCGGAGCCAGGGCUGUGCUUGCAGCACCAUGGGCCUGGAGAACAGCCGGACCUCCCUGCACCCCCACCACCAGAUGUCUUGUGUAUCCUUUCUUUCCACUUGUCCCCACUCAGGCUUUAUUUGGCCCCUAUGCCUUUCCCACUUCCCAUUCAUCCAGGAUCUUUAAAGCUCUACGGCACCCCACUCUCCUUCCGUGAAGGCACCUCCUGACGUUUCCUUUCUGCUCGAAAGCCAGCCAGACUGUCCUUCCUUUCUAUGGCUGUUUCUGCCAUGAGUAGCCUGACCAGACCCCUGGCCUGUAGAGCUCAGGGCUGAGCUCCCAGCAGUGCCCUGAAGACCAGUAUUGGCCUGGUGUGCAGCGUGGUCCCUGCCCAGCCCUGUCUCAUCACCAAUAAAGCCUUGAUCACA